AUGGAGCGCCUUUCGAUCAACGAUCCUCCCGCUGGUCCUCAACAUGGCAACGCACCCCCCGGGUUUCCCCCGCAGCAACAGCAGCAGCAGCAGCAGCAACAGCAGGGGCAGAAUAACAACACGCUGGGCCCGAUGUCGCAUGGCCCGCCGCAAUUACCUCCACAGAUGUUCACCACUGCGGCCCAGCUGUUAGAUCUAACGGAUAAUUGGUCUCUUCCUCCCUGGCUAACCAGCGCCCCAGAGAAACUCGUCCUAGUGUUGCGCGACGGAAGAAAAUUAAUUGGCGUGUUGAGAAGCUGGGACCAAUUCGCGAAUCUUGUUCUCCAGGAUACCAUCGAACGAAUGUAUGCGGGCAACCUGUACGCCGACAUCCAGCGGGGUAUUUUCAUAGUCCGAGGAGAGAACGUGUUGCUUCUGGGUGAAAUCGACCUUGACAAGGAAGACGAAUUGCCAACGACAGUCCAACGAGCGCCCUUCCAGGAAGUGUUCGAGUUGAAGAAGCAAGAGGAUGCGCAGCGGAAAACGGGCGACAAGAAGCGCCAGGGCAAACUCCAGUGUCUUGGAUUCGAGCCUGAACACAGCGGAGAGAUCCUGUUUUAG